AUGCUUACAAGAAAACAACAACUCAUCAAUCGCGGCAUUGGCGACGUCUCCGACAGUUCAACAUGGCAGACCCUAGGCGGGGGCGUGGCGGACUACCUUUCCGCCUUACCUCUGCCGCUACACCACCUGCUCAAAUACUCCACGCCGGCCAACGAGUGCAAGCGGGAAGAGCAACCCACCAUCGUCACAGUCACUAACGCGCUGCCUUCCAUAUCUACUAUUGCUACGUACGCCAAGCUGCCGUCGGCCGCCGCCGACAAGCGGCAGGAGCAUCACAACGUGGUCACCGUCACCAACGCGCUGCCUCCCAUAUCCACCAUCGCCACGCAACUGCCCUCGCAUUCUGUAAGCAGCGUCGUGGUACAGACAGCUCCAGUAGUGACCCAGGUGCUCGCCGCCCCGGCUUCCCCCACACCAGCCAAGAAGAAGAAAAAGAAGAAAUCAACUAAGGAGAAGCAGCCCAGGCCGAAGCCAGGGGAGAUCAGGAUCACUACUGCUUUGGUUUCGCUUGCAGAUGGAAGCACCCUGUACUGCUGCCCCGAGUGCCAGAUGGCGUAUCCCGAGCGAGAAUUGCUUGAGCAGCAUUUACUUGGACACACUAUGGAGAGGAGGUUCAUCUGUGACAUCUGCAACGCGGCACUGAAGCGCAAGGACCACCUGACGCGGCACAAGCAGUCGCACAACCCGGAGCGGCCGCACGUGUGCUCCGUCUGCCUCAAGGCCUUCAAGCGCAAGGAGCAGCUCACGCUGCACUUCGUCAUCCACUCGGGCGAGAAGAGGCAUGUCUGCAACGAGUGCGGGAAAGGUUUCUAUCGCAAGGAUCAUCUACGCAAGCACACUCGCUCGCACAUCGCGCGGCGCGUGAAGGCAGAGUUGUCUGCAGGCGCUAAUUCAGACACCACGACGACCCUGGAUGCGUCAGACACCGCGUCGGCGCCGUCCUGACCAGACUCGCCCGACUGCGACCGCCCGGACCUGAUGUCGCUCAUACAAGCCGCCAAGGACGGCUUCUGAUCACCAGAGCAUGCCCCAACCGUCUGCAGCUACAAAUGACGUUACUCACGCAUAAACAGACCCAUGGUUCGUGUAUGAAUAUCUUUAACGCUAUGACACAAUAAUGAAUGA